AAAGAGAAAGGCAGAGCAGCGAAGAAAGGUAAAGGAGAAGAGAAAGAGAAGAAAGAGAGAGAGAGAGAGAGAGAGAGAGAGAGAGAGAGAAUGUACCGAUUCAGCAACACGGUGAUAGGGUUUCUCAACCUGCUGACGCUGCUUGCAUCCAUACCGUUGAUCGGAGGGGGAUUAUGGAUGGCCAAGAGCAGCAGCACGUGCGAGUCGUUCCUCCAGAUGCCGCUGCUGGUGAUGGGGUUCGUGAUCUUGGUGUUGUCCCUGUUGGGAUUUAUAGGGGCCUGUUUCAACGUCGCGUGGGCUCUAUGGGUAUAUCUAACGGCUAUGAUCCUCAUCAUCGCCACCCUCCUUUCCUUCACCAUCUUCGGAUUCGUAGUCACCAACGGCGGUGGUGGGGUACCCGUACCCACCAGGAUCUACAAGGAGUACCGUCUCUCGGACUACUCGCCCUGGCUCAGGAAUCGGAUCCGGGACCCGAUGAACUGGCGGAGGAUCCGCGGCUGCAUCCUCAACUCCAACACGUGCGCUAAGCUCGCCUCAUGGACACCGCUUGAUUAUCUGGAGCGAGACAUGUCUCCGAUUCAGUCGGGCUGCUGUAAGCCGCCAACAUCAUGCGACUACGCCAGCGGAGCUUCAACGAUGUUAGCCCAAGAUCCAGACUGCUUCAAAUGGAACAAUGCAGCAGGUCAGCUGUGCUACGAGUGCGAUUCUUGCAAGGCCGGAGUGCUGGAGGACGUGAAGCGGGACUGGCACAAGCUCUCUGUCCUCAAUGUCGUCGUGCUUGUUUUCCUCAUCGGCAUCUACUCCAUUGGCUGCUGCGCCCUCCGAAACACCAAGCGGUCGGAAUCUGACUACCCCUAUGGAGAGAAUAGGAUGAGCAAAGUCCGGCCUAGAUGGGAUUUCUACUGGUGGAGAUGGUGGCAUGACCGAAGGGAACAAUUAUAUUAGUUUCCUCUCUUUCAUAAUUUGGAAGUUUGUAAUAUAAAAGACCAAGUCAUGAUCGGUUUGAUGCGAUGACUUAAAUGUGAUGUUAGAUUUUGUUCAAAACUGA